AUGAGCUAUAACCCGGCGAAUCUAACUACAACGGCGAACAUACUUCAAAACAACACAGCACACCUUCAGUUCGCUCCAACAAGGUAUAUAGUGCCACAGUCUGGACAAUAUGUACCGAAUUUGAUGCAAGCAAUAGGAAACGGGCAAAGAAUCCCUGGAGCCCUACAGCAAAGGUUUGUUGCGAAUCAUAGCAGCCAAAAAGUGCAAUUCUGGAAUGCAUUUACGAAAGUAUUAGGUUGGGCCGAACAUUUGUCAGAGAAUAUUCCUAAUAAUGCAAAUAAAAGUGAAAUAGAGUAUUGGACAAAUCCCAUUAAAAAUUUCUUUGCCGAAGAUGCAAGAUUACGAUAUAUUUUUUUAAAUUCACAUACACAGAAACAUGAUACAUAUGAUUUAAAAUUCCAUAAUUUUGCACAUUUCUUUCGUAGAUUUUAUGUAUCGGACGUAAUAAGCGUUCGAUUAGCGCCUGGAUAUCCAGAUGAGAGGUCGUUUAUGCAAGAUAUGACAUUACGAUUUCACAAAGCAACAUUUACAUAUCAUUAUAAAGAUGGAUCACAGGUUGUUCAUAGCGGCACAUUAGCCGUAAAAUUCAAUCAUUUUGCGAGAAUGUCUUCAUUUGAGUUUAAGACAGACAAAUGUACAGAAUAUUUACCACGAGAUCCAAAAACACGAGAAGUUAAAGAUUCUAGAAAAGAAAGUGGACAAAGUAUAGAACCGUACGGGAUACCAAAGUUAGUCACGGAAUAUUUAGAGAUAUAUAGCAUUACAUUACUACUCGCACAAAAGUAUGGAGGACAUGGAUCGGAGCCAUUAAAAUCAUGGCGAACCACAAACAACAGACCGGCAAUGUCACCGAUGUUGCAAAACCCAUCACCACCGAAUAUAAAAGAUGGCGAAAUUAAGAACGAACACAUAUCUAUGGGAAUAACAGGUAAUGAUGUACAAGCCCCAACACCACAACCAACACCCUCUCCAUCGGGAACAAAUGCUGGAAUGAAUAAGUCAGUAAAAUCACCUGCAGUAUCAGAAAAACGUCAUAACGACGGAAGUGGAACUCCGAGCCAAAAGAAACGCCGUACUACAAAUACCAAUGGGCCAAAGUCUUCGCCGAGAAAGCAAUAA